AUGUAUACACACACAGGCACGUACAGACACGCAUACACACAGAUACACAGACACAUGUACAUACAUACACAGACAUGUACAUACACACAGACACAUGUACAGAUACACACAUGUACAUACACACAGACGCACACACACCCAUGAAAAGUUGCAGUACUUCGUUGUUCACUCACAGAUCUGGGUACUGCACUCUAGGGGGAGGCAGAGAGCACAACACACACUCCUUGCUUUGCUUUCACUCUGCUCAGCUUUUGAGCAGUCUGACGGCUCCCAGUGCCAAGGACAGAUCCGGCCUGAGCUCCGAGCCUGCUCAGCAAGAUGGUCUUGGGGGACCCACUGGCCCCCACCAUAAUUUCCACUCGCCAUUGGCGACCAGGCGAGUGGAAAUUUCAAGCCCU